AUAAUUUCCUUUUCCAUUUCCGUUUCUAUUGUUUCUUCCGAUCAAAUCAGAACAGAGAUUAAACGAAUUCAGUAACAGAGCAAAAGGAAGCUUAAAUCAAUGGAGAGAAUCUCACCGUCGGCACAAUACUCUUCGCCGUUGACCAGUCCGAACAUUGCAGAGCGAUCGCUGUGGCACUCUCCGUUUCCGUAUCUCUUCGGCGGCCUUGCGUCGAUGAUGAUCCUGAUCACCUUUUCGCUCGUCCUUUUGGCCUGUUCUCACUGGAACCUCUGCCGACGGAACAGAGGCAGCGACGAUUUGGAGAACGGGGGAAGUAACGAAGCUAAAAUCGACUCGGAGAUGCAGUCUGAGAAGGCUAACUACGACGAGAACGUUCUGGUCAUAAUGGCCGGAAACCAGAAACCGACGUUCUUAGCCAGGCCUGUGUGCGUACGAAUUUCCUCCGCCGUGAAAACCGCCGUUGAGGAGAAAAAGACAGCGGAAAAUUCGGAGAAAUCGACCAAAGUGUAUGAUCGAGAAGUUUCUUCUGAAGCGACCACAGUCAUUCAGGAAUCCGGCGAGGAAGAACACGAGUGAGUUUCAAAUAAAUUGUUUUCCGAUCGAGAAAUUUUGCCACCAAUUUUGUAGAGUUCUAAUCGAGCUCUGUUUUUUCUGAAGAAAAAACUGUAAAUUACGAUGGAAAUUAUCAUCCGAUAUUCCUCCCA